GUUGGGCCUGGCAUUCGGUUGAUUUCUCCCCAAAAAAUAGGAACCUGGUUUGGCCAGGAAUCCGCAAUCGCAAAAAGAUCUUGUCUGUUGACGAGUUAAUUGCGUGUGAUAAAAGAUUUAUAUACCCGGGCUCAAGUAGCUUUAUCAAAUACUCGGUCGCUACUUUAUCGCAAUGAACGACGAUAUAAAAACUGUGACGGUUUACCCCACAACAUUGGAGUUAACCAGCCCAACAAAACCAGCGAAUGGCAGCAACGAUGAUUAUGAUCCUCACCAGCACCGUAAUGUCAAGAAUCCCACAACAAACUGGCAGACCUUUGCCCAUUUCUUGAAGGCAUCAGUGGGCACAGGGGUUCUGGCCAUGCCCAGUGCUUUCGCCAAUGCGGGAUAUGUUAAUGGCACGAUUCUCACACUGAUCAUUGGGUCACUGGCCCUUUAUUGCCUGCAUAUAUUGAUCAGUUGCAUGUACAUUUUGUGCAAGCGACAACGAGUUCCCUAUGUCAGCUUCUCAGAGGCCAUGAAUCUGGGCCUCAAACAAGGUCCACCCUGGCUGCGUUGUUUAGCCCCCAUUGCCAUACCCUUUGUAGAUGGCUUCCUGGCCUUCUAUCACUUCGGCAUCUGCUGCGUCUAUGUGGUUUUCAUAGCUGAGAGCAUAAAGCAGCUGGUGGAUGAGUAUCUCGUGGUGUGGGAUGUCCGGAUACACAUGUGCAUAAUAAUAGUGCCUCUCCUGCUGAUAUAUAGCAUAAAGAAUUUAAAACUGUUGGCGCCCUUUUCCAGUGCAGCAAAUAUUCUGUUGCUAGUGGGUUUUGGCAUCAUUUUGUAUUAUAUAUUUGAGGCCCUGCCUCCUUUGAGCGAACGAGAACCCUUUGUAGCCGUCACAAAGUUGCCUACUUUCUUUGGCACUGUCCUUUUUGCCUUGGAAGCAGUGGGAGUGAUUUUAGCUAUAGAAGAAAAUAUGGCCACGCCCAGGGCCUUUGUACGCCCCUGUGGCAUUAUGAAUGGUGGCAUGUCCAUAGUCCUUGGAUUGUAUAUACUCCUUGGAUUCUUUGGUUACUGGAAAUAUGGUGAUGAGGCCGAGGGCAGUAUUACACUCAAUAUACCACAGUCUGAAGUACCCGCUCAAGUGGUAAAGGUAUUCUUUGCCAUCACCACCUGGAUUUCAUAUGCCUUGCAGGGCUAUGUUACUGCCCAUAUCGUGUGGGAUAAGUACUUGGCCAAGCACUUCAAGGAAACCAGGCAGACACUCUAUGAACUGAUCUUCAGAGCUAUCAUAGUGCUUUUAACUUUUGCCUGCGCUGUUGCCAUUCCUGAUCUUUCGGUCUUCUUGUCCCUGGUGGGAUCAUUUUGCCUAUCGAUCCUGGGUCUUAUAUUCCCAGCUUUACUGCAGAUUUGUGUCCAAUACACUGAGGGCUAUGGACCAUUCCGGAUAAAGUUGAUCAUCAAUCUGUUGCUCCUGAGCUUUGGUAUUUUUGGCGGUGUUGUGGGCACCUAUGUGAGCAUAGUGGACAUUAUUGCGGUCUACAAAUAACCUUCGAAUUUGAGCUUAUUCAAUAAAGUUAAUGGCUGCAAUUGAGAUUUAUAGCGAUUGGCCAAUAAGCAAACACA